GCGGCGGCGACACCAUGUCAUCUCCCAGUCCGGGCAAGAGGCGGAUGGACACGGACGUGGUCAAGCUCAUUGAGAGUAAGCAUGAGGUUACGAUCCUGGGAGGACUCAAUGAAUUUGUAGUCAAGUUCUAUGGACCACAAGGAACACCAUAUGAAGGCGGAGUAUGGAAAGUUAGAGUGGAUCUUCCUGAUAAAUACCCUUUCAAAUCUCCUUCUAUAGGAUUCAUGAAUAAAAUUUUCCAUCCCAACAUUGAUGAAGCGUCAGGAACUGUGUGUCUAGAUGUAAUUAAUCAAACUUGGACAGCUCUCUAUGAUCUUACCAAUAUAUUUGAAUCCUUCCUGCCCCAGUUGUUGGCCUAUCCUAACCCCAUAGAUCCUCUCAAUGGUGAUGCUGCAGCCAUGUACCUCCACCGACCAGAAGAAUACAAGCAGAAAAUUAAAGAGUACAUCCAGAAAUACGCAACGGAGGAGGCGCUGAAAGAGCAGGAAGAGGGCACUGGUGACAGCUCGUCGGAGAGUUCUAUGUCUGACUUUUCGGAAGAUGAGGCGCAGGAUAUGGAGUUGUAGUAGAAAAAGCACCUGCUUUUCAGAAAGACUAUUAUUUCCUAACCAUGAGAAGCAGACUAUAAUAUUCAUAUUUAAACAAAGCAAUUUUUUUUAUUACUAAACAAGGUUUUUAUGAAUAAUAGCAUUGAUAUAUAUAUAUUAUAUAUCAUCCUUUAGAUCUUGAUUUCUUGGUCAUUUCUCAACCUGAGGUGCAUAGCAUAUUCCCACAUUCCACUUUGGUAGCAAUAUGCGGUCCGAAUGCAUGCAUUCAUAAGUCCACUUGGCCAAGUCAGCCUGCGUGCUCUACUGAACUGUCAAAAGAAAUAGUCGCUCUGAUAGGUAGAUAUGAGUAAAAAUAACAGGAAAAAGUUGCUUCUUGUACUGAUGGUUCCAAAGAAACAAACUAAACCAACCAGCUCUUGGAUGUGAAGAUAGGAUAGUGCUUUUUCAGAAUGGAAGUGAGAAAACAGGAGGAAGAGGCCUGCUGUGGGAGCAUUUAGAGCCAGCCACGUAGGAAUCAGCUGCUCCUUCCUGAAUCCUAGGUGGCCUUGUUUCUGUGGAGUGACAGUAUGAAACAGCUCAUUGGCGUAUUGAAACUUAAAGCAAUCUUUUUGACUCGGAUUUUAAGUACAUUUUUAUGUCAAUUCCUGCCCUUCAUAUUACCAGGCCCUGUAGCUACAAAUAUUCUGCUUUGGAGAACCUUUGGGAAGUGUUUUCUAAACCCAGUUCUUAUUCCUGGGGUAGAGCUUGUAAUUGAGACCUUUUUUGUGAGGAUAGGACAGGAGGAGAAAGUAACUAGGAUAGUGCUUCCUCUUACCCAAAACACAGCAGAGUCACAUCCUAAUCCUGGACUAAGAGCUUUAAAUGUGAGGGCUGUGUUUUGGGGAGUUUGUGGUUGUUUUCCCCCUUUGAGGGUGUGUGUGUGUGUAUGAAUUGUGCUUAGACAGGCUGCAGAUUUCAUCUUCACCUACCAAGAGAUGGCCUCUUCCUCGGACAAGCCGCUCAGCGGACCAUGAGACUUGGGAAGAAGGACCCGUCUGGGGGCUGUGAAGCCCUGGGUACUUGCAUUCAUGUUUUAGUUCUGGUUUCCCUUUUUCUGCUGCUCUUGGCAGCAGUCUGGUCAUUAUCUGCUUGUGGGAGUGGGAAAUGGGUAUUUUAGAACCAACGUAUAUUCUGAAUUUAAAAUGAAUAAUAAUUGAAACAAAUAAAGGUUCUUGUACCCAGAGUGACUACAUAGGAAAAACAAACACAGCUUUUUUCAGAGAGUGACUAGGAAGAAGGGUUUCAGAAAUAUGAUGUAGUAGAACAGGUCCUGAGGGAAGAAAAUACCCUCUACCAUGUACUUUCAGAGGAAAUUGAUUUAAAAGGCCAGCUCAUCAGAUGUUGCCUGAGUUUGUUUCAAACCUGAGUGUUGCUUGCUGAAUUUGGAGGAGAGUUGGGAGAAGUUUUAGACAGCAGCUCUGUAUUCUAUUUUCACCACAACCGAUAGGCUAUAUAAUAGCAGAAUUAGCCAGUCCUAAAACCUUCUAAAGACAAUUUUGAACAUCCCACUGGGAUAAUUUUUCUUUUUGAUGUGUUUUUAGUUCAGAAGGGCUAUAUUCCACAAGGUCAAUGAGGUUGGAAGAUACCCCUAUCUUUUUUAUUCAAAAAGCACAAUCAAUCUUUUCUUUGAAAAUCUAUAUAAAGUACAACUUGCUUUUAGCAUGAUUAUUUUCCUAAAUAAAAAGACAAAGAAUUUACUUACGUUAGUUAUGGGCAUGAAGCAAAAGGUUUUCUUUAAAAAAAAAAAGUGCAGUUAUGUAGGGCUGUGGUUAGUUACCCAUACUGAGUUAUCUGUCUAGCAUCCAUGGCUCGUUGGAAGGGUAGUAUUAACUAUUUAACAUGUGAUGGUUGUACUUUCACUCUUACCUAGCACGCUCUCUUAUCAUUGCUUUGGGGGAGGGAGGGUCUCUGCUGGCACUGUCUAACUGCUUACCUGCUGACUUCGCAGUGUGCUUGUGCUAUAACCUUUAUUGUAGGUGCUAUUUAGGGUAGGCUUAAAGUGCUGGGUGGUGACUUGAGUUCAAACAAUAAAAAAUUGUAUUUUUUCAAUAUUGUAUAAAAAAUAGUGUUCUAAUUACCUUUCAAGAAAAUAAUGUCCAAAUAAGAAUUCCUUUUGAUCUUGUCAAAAACCCAAAUAGACCCCAUUUCAGAAAAAGUUUGUGAGCAGUGCCACAGCUCUGCCCCUCACGUAGUCCCACAUUUUUCUAGUACAAGACAUGUGCUCACCUCUGAUCAGAGCUCCAGCACCAGAGAGCGGAGGGUGCAGAAUUCUCAAAUGAAGACUUGCCAGGGAAGGUUGCAGGAGUUGAGCAGACCUGAGUGGCUGCAGAGAGUGAGCGAGUCUGUGUCCAUUCAAGUCUGUGCAGGGGAGGGUGAUUAGGCAUCUCAGCAGUGGAAGCUCCUGUAGUCACUGCCCAAAUCCCAUUGCACCUUCUUCUGUGUAAGUGUGUCUGUUCUGGGCACUAACCUUGGUCCCGUGCAUAUUCGGCUUUGGGACUUUUCCUCUUUGCUGGGAAAUUGACUUUUGAUAGGUUGAACAGAAUCCUUUAACACUUUUUGUCCCUUCUCUGCACCUAGGAGAGGUGGGAGUAGGAGACCAAAGAUAGGUACAGAAGGGUCAGAGAGAAGGCCUGGCAGUGAUAGAUGGUAAAAUUAAGUCUGGAGCAGGGCGUGUUUUGACACCAAAAGCCUUUCCGAGUUGUCUGAGCUUCUCACUUCUUAACACUCAGAAAAACGUCCAGCGUCCUGGGCAAAGGCUUUAGAAGUGGGUAGUGGCGGAGGCAGUGUCAGCAGCAGUAGAUCAGAGCUGCUCUGGCAGAUUCCCUUCCCUUUCCUUUUUAGUAUCUAGGUUUUGAGCCCUACCUUGUGAUUUACCAGCACAAGCCAUUCUUUGCCCCUGUUUCAAUGACAGCUCAAGCUCUUGCCAAACACCAACAAGCAGCAUGGCUGUACCACAGCAGCACUGAAUCUGCUGCUCUCCAGAAACCCCAGCACUAGGGCCUUGUGGGUCAAGGUUCAGUUGUAACCAACCUAGACACUGGCAUUUUGGCUUUCUUGUCUUCAAUCUCAUUGCCCUCCUUGAGGUUACUGUGCAGUUUCAACCAGCAUUUUAUACUUGUCAGAUAAUUAUCAGAAGUUGCCAUAUGAUCUUUCCAGUACCUAAUAUUUUUUGUCUUCUCCAAAAGCUGUUCUGAUUGCCAACUGGCUGAUCUAAGCUCCUGAGGAGCUGAAGUCCUGGAUGGCCUUGGCCUGACCUUUAUAGUAGUCCUCCUAUUGUGGUGGCUGAGAAUCAUGACAGACAGGUCCUCUGCUAGCUUCUGUGGGCCAAGUUUCUGGAAACUAGUGUUUGAUUUUUAAAUGGCAUGUGGCCCUUCUAUGAUUUAGUGACUCAGAAAAGCGAAAGCCAUUUACAAAAGUUAGCAAGAAUUUUGUUUCAUCAACUUCCUAACUGGGUUCACAGCCUUACUGAAUGAAAUCAGUUUUGAUUGGGCACAAAGAACUGCAUUUCUAUGGACUUCUGAAUCCAUGUUUAUAUUUUCUGUGGCCACUGAACACCUUGGCAAUUUUCCAUUAGGGACUGGAGGGAGUGGAUGCCCUUUGGGAAGGGGAGUUAACAGCCCUCAGGUGUGCAGAGUCUCCAGUCACCUGAGGAAGGGCCAGGGCUCCUAAUCUAGCAAAUACUUGUCUUGGCUGCAGGCUUGGGAAGAAAUGGCCAUUAUUUACUGAUUGUAUUUGGUACAUAUUGUGUGAUACUUGAAGAGAUAAAAAGGGACUUACCAGCCCUUAAUUGAAAUCUAAGCUUUUUAUCGCUUAUUUUUUCCUCACCCUAUCUCCUCCUUCCCACAUUUUUCCUUGCAUUGUGAUGAUCUAGUGGGCACGUCUGUCAACAGGACAAAUGCCUCCUCUGACUAUAACCUCUUAAUAGUUGUGUAUAAUGAAACUGUAAACUUUUUUAAAUAAAAUGUGUAUAUACCUUG